AUGGCCAUAAUGCAGGGUGUCUUUGACGACUCCGAUGAUUCGGGCAUUGAUGUUCGUAGCCGGCAUCAAAGUGAGGAGAGUGAAGAAUGGAACGGCGACCUCUCGCAUGUGGAAAGAUUUCCCGAGCAUACGCAGUUCGACUUUGUUCACAUAGACAACACAACGAACCUCAUCAAAGACAUGGAAUGCCUCGUCCCUUAA